UUCAACAAGUGCGACGCAGGCAGGAUAUUAAGCCCACAGACCAGCCAGAUGUUCAUUAUGUGGGUAGUCACACUGAUAUUUUUGUCCCAUGUGGCGGCUCAGGCGACCUCACAUGAAACUAAAAUGGAGUGUCAUGAAUUCCAUGAUUUCCCUCCUGUUGGAAAUCAGACUCCAUCUGUUCUGGCAAACUUGACAAUGGUCCAAGUGACAGUGGAAAGAAACUAUAUGCUGAACAUAAGCUGGGCAAUCAACAUUGAUGCUAGUAUUAAAUAUCUGACAGGCACUCGGAUCAGAAUUUCAGGGGAAUCAGUCUACCACUGUAAAUACAACCCACCUUUGGCUGAGACAAACCUCACCGGGUUAAAGCAGAUAUGGUUUCACUAUUUAGUAGAGAAUAAGUCCAGUUAUGGCUGUAUCUUGGCCCAAGCUUCCAAUCUCCCUUUGCCUAUUCCGGGGAGCGGCCUCUCUUACAAGAGCGUCGAUAUUGACAUACCUCUCCCAAAACACACAACUGUUAAUCCUUCAACAACUUCUGCAGUUACUGGAGCACUUUUUAAAGUCCCUUUCAAGAGUAGGACUUCAAACUUGGAAGAAGAAACUGUCAACCACACCAGCAUAGUGGUGGCCAUUUUUGGAGGACUGGCUGGUUUGAUGAUCCUGGGUUCCUGCUACCUAAUCUAUAAAAGCUGUGGAGCCAACAUUGUCACAUCAUUGGGUUUCAAAAGGUUGCCUACGUCUCCCGCAGUUCCUGUCCCUGUACUCAUAGUGUAUCCUGCUGAGAAUUCAGCCUUCCAGCAGGCCGUGGCGGCCCUGGCAGAGUUCCUACAGUGGCAUGGUGGCUGCAAGGUGGCUGUCGACAUGUGGCAGCAGGGGAAGAUCGCGGAGUUGGGGCCAAUGCGCUGGCUGGCGGAACAAGUCAAGGCUGCAGACCGAGUGCUCAUCGUCUGCACACAGCACUCCUCACAGCCCAGCCACUCUCCUCCCAACCACAUCUCCCCAGAGCCGUCCAUCCCAGCAGCAGCUCGUGACCUUUACCCCCUAAUUCUCAACAUGGUGGCGAGUCAUGCAAAGAGUGCAAGCAGCUUGGCUAAGUUCUGGGUGGUGCAGCUGGACAAGCAGCAGGACAAGAGGGACUGUAACCUGGCGCAUGAACUGAGGGCCUGCAAGACUUUUUGUUUGAUGAAGGACUUUAACAAACUGUGCAGGCGUCUUCAUACCCAGAAGCAGGGCAACAAAAAGAUAUCAGAUAUGAUCUUCGGACCAGGGAUUGCCCACAGUGAAAAGAGUUCAGUGAAGUUAAGGGAAGCUGUAGAAAUGCUAGGCAGACAUCAGGCAAGCAUUUUCAGAGGUGUGGAACCACUGAAAUCUGUGGUCAUCGAUCUUUGAACAUCUGUAAUGAAAAUGUUCACUUUGAUGGAUAAAGAAGAUUAGUUAAUAUCUGGCCCUUUCAUUGCUUAUUGUUUUCUAAAAGGCAUUUAUUUAUUUUAUUUUUUACAGACGAAAUAGACCCUAGGGUUACUUUUGUUACCAAAACAUUGGCAAGAACACCGCAGGGUAAAUAUGUGUCAGUAUAUCUUCUGUGGUUUGCAUCACUGCUUACUGUAGCCUAUUAUAUUUAUUUGUUGUGUUUAUUUCAUUUGCAAUCCUUAAAUUAUCAAUUAAAGAGAAAGAGGUGGUUUGUAGCGGAACUGAUUUUAAAAUUCUCUACCAACUAAAACUAAAGCAUGCUGCAUGGUCUGUUACAUUAUGUAUUCCAAUCCCUUAGGAUUUUUGUAUAUGUUUUAUUUUUAUAUUUAUGGAAUUUUCACCAUCCUGUGGAAAAUCACUAACCAAUUUGUUUUAAUGUCAGCACUUUAUAGUUUGUAUGAUUUCUUGAUUCCGCUAAAUGGUGGUCAGAUGGGUCUUUUUUAUGUGUUCUCCAGUUUCCCCCCACAGUACAGUUAGGACCGGAAGCACUGAGUUGUUUGUUUGUUUCUCUGUAUGUCAGCCCCGUGAUACACUGGGCAGCUUUCUGGGGUACUCUGCUUCUCUACCAGUGUAUGCUAGGGUAGACAUAAAAAUGUAUGGUUGUAUGUUGCCCUUCAACUUGUGUAAGAAGUUUUCUUUAAAUACAAUGAGAAAUGUCAAUAAAAAAAACCAACCCAUA